AAAGAGAGACCGGUAGCUAUAUGACGUGAAAAGCCGUGCAGCCGUUGAACGAGUGAGACGUUUAAAGAAAUUGAAAAUUAGUAAAAGAGUUACUUAUAGAGCAGCCACCGUUAACGGUCCGAGCAAUACCGGCACGUCUUAAACGAGGCUGUUACAAGACCACGCGAGCUUAAAGAGUUUUGAGUUAGCCAAAAUUUACGCGGCCGGCGAUUUGACGGUUAUCACGUUGAAAUUAAACGGAAAUUAAGCUGCUGGUGACAGUGAGGAAAAGUCAGCUCCGUGCGCGGCUUCCGUCUUUGAACCCGGCGCUGAUUCAGUGGGACCCGCGUCAAGAGACUCACCUGCCAGGGCUUCACCUCCGUCAUCCAGCAUCCAGAGCCGGAGACCCGGGGUUUUGUAAAAAAAAAAACACACAAGCCUUAAAGCCUCAAGUAUCUGGAGGAGGAAGAAGAGGAGGAGGAGGAGGAGGAGGAGGAGGAGGGAGAGAGAGACGGCGGGCACAAAGAGAGCGGAGAGCAUCCAGAGAGGGGAAGGAAGGCGGACGGGACGGAGAGCGAGAGCGGCGAGGACACACACCGGGGACUUAACGGAGAGCAUCCCUCUGUAAUUUCUGACCCGCAACACUCAGCGUAAACCCAUCAUCGGGAUCCCGAACUCCGUUUAUCCACCGAAAGGCUCGUCCAGAAACAGUAGUUCCUCUCCAGGGAUACCUGCCACUGAUCUGUUUGCCCCUAAGCCCCCGCAGUACCCAGUUGUCCCUAUCACUUUGUCCCGAUGAAGGAAGCCGACGCCAUCAAGUUAUUUGUGGGGCAGAUUCCCCGGAAUCUGGAGGAGAAGGACCUCAAGCCCAUCUUCGAGCAGUUCGGCAAAAUCUAUGAGCUAACUGUGAUUAAGGACAAAUACACCGGCAUGCACAAAGGAUGUGCGUUUCUGACGUACUGUGCGAGAGAGUCGGCGCUGAAAGCCCAGAGCGCUCUUCAUGAGCAGAAAACACUACCAGGGAUGAAUCGGCCAAUCCAGGUGAAACCAGCUGACAGCGAGGGCAGAGGAGAGGACAGGAAAUUGUUUGUGGGCAUGCUGGGAAAGCAACAGAGUGAUGAGGACGUCAGAAGGCUGUUUGAGCCCUUUGGCAGCAUAGAUGAGUGUACUGUGUUGAGAGGACCUGAUGGCACCAGCAAAGGGUGCGCUUUUGUAAAAUUCCAAGGACAUGCUGAAGCCCAAGCUGCCAUCAACAGCUUGCACGGGAGCCGCACGAUGCCUGGAGCGUCGUCCAGUCUGGUGGUGAAGUUUGCAGACACGGAGAAGGAGCGGGGGCUGAGGAGGAUGCAGCAGGUGGCCUCCCAGCUCGGCAUAUUCAGCCCCAUGACCCUCAACUUCCCCGCUUACAAUGCCUACACACAGGCCGUCAAUGCACAGCUUGUCCAACAGCAGGCCCUGGUUGCCCAGUCAGCGUACUUGUCUCCUGUGGCAACAGUUGCCGCCGUACAGAUGCAGCAGAUGGCGGCACUCAAUGCCAACGGAAUCAUUGCCACACCCAUUACACCCAUCACACCGUCCUCGGGCACAAACACCCCACCAACUAUGGCAGCAACACCGGUGCCUGCUCUCCCUCCACCAAUAGGAGUGAAUGGUUACAGCAGUGUCCCAGCUCCCACCAAUGGACAACAAACAGAAACACUAUACACCAAUGGCGUUCACCCAUAUCAAGCUCAGAGUCCAGCAGCACUGGAUCCCCUACAGCAGGCCUACGCAGGCAUGCAGCACUACACCGCGGCGUACCCUGCUGCUUACGGAUUGGUUGGGCAGCCGUUCCCCCAGCAGCCAACACUGGUUGCCCAGCAACACCAGCAGCCCCAGCAACAGCAGCAGAGAGAAGGUCCAGAGGGGUGUAAUAUCUUCAUCUACCACCUGCCUCAGGAGUUCAGUGACUCAGAGAUGCUGCAAAUGUUCCUGCCCUUUGGCAAUGUCAUCUCAGCUAAGGUGUUUGUGGACCGCGCCACCAACCAGAGCAAAUGCUUCGGAUUUGUGAGUUUUGACAACCCAGCUAGCGCUCAGGCCGCCAUCCAAGCCAUGAAUGGAUUCCAGAUCGGCAUGAAGAGACUGAAAGUCCAGCUCAAAAGGCCAAAAGAUGCCAACCGCCCGUACUGAGUGACAGCCGAGAGGAGCAAGAACGAAUAAAUAGAGGUGACCUUUCAGAGUCCAGCCGAGGUGGAGUCCCAGGGUUCAUUGUGCUUUCAGACUGUCUGCUACCUGUGAGCGUCCGCGGAGUGCAGCCACACAUACACACACACACACACACACACACACACACACACACACACACACACACAGCUACACAAAUAUACAUGCACUCCCAACUGAACCUCAAACGGUACAAAGCGGAUAUGUACAUAAAAGUGCACAAACACACACACGGAUAUACACAGUUCAAACGAGUCAGUAAUCUUAACCAUACAGUUGUGAACUUGGUUUGACCAUAUUCUGUGUGGAACAGGGUGUUAAGUACAGCUGAGACAACUCAGACAAGGUGUUGUUGGAGGCGACUGAUGAAAUCUGCUGAUAUAUCAUUUCAAUAGACUUGUCUAUACUAUGUCUAUUACAUGACAAAUAUAGAGGGACCGAUGUUUCAUAAUAAAAAAAGAAAGAAAAUACAAAAAAGAAACUAAAUGAGUAGGUUAGAGAGACUUUGGAGAGGAUCCUAAUGACCUGUAAAUAGUUUAGUUUACAAAGAGCAGCAUUUAAAAAAAAAAAACAAGAAAAAAUGCAAAAAGAAUACUACUUUAGAUAAACACUGAACAGGACACAGCGACAUUAUUAUUAUUAUUAUUAUUAUUAUCAUUAUUAUUAUUAUUAUUAUUACCACUAGUAACAUUGCCAUCUUAAUAAAAGGAUAUUACAUUCCAAAUUGUAAAAUGGGAAAUCACUAACCUAUUUUAAAUUUCUACUUAGAUUUUAGGUGAAACACAGGGGAGGGGCGGGAUUGCACUUUUCUUCGGGAGGUUUUAAUAUUUGAGCUAUUUUUUAUUUAUUUACUAAUUUAUCGAUUAUUUUGUUUAUUGGGAGAAGGGAUUUGAGUGGGUUGCAAUAUUUUGAUUUUAGAAUUUUCUAGAGAAAAAAAAAACUUUUGAGGGCCUGUUUCUGUCAGACUCUUGCAAUCGAGUAAUUAUAAUGUAUGUAUUAAUUAUUACAGCGAUUAUAUUUAUUUCUAAUUUAUUGAAUCCUGUUUUUGAUCCACUCUCUUUUUAAGUUUAAAUAAAAAGUAUCAUACUAAACGUC